UUUACAGUUUUAUGCAUUUAGCCAUUCAUAACCUCAAGAUAAAAGGUUGAGUGUAAUUAACUUCUUUUGAAUUUACAUAUCCAGAACCAGGUCUAAACCAGAAGACAAUUUCUGACGGCCUCUAAACAAACUUUAGGAUAACACCAUGUCUCCUCUGAGGAUCAUAAUAAGGCAAGGACAUUUCUUCACACUGGUGCUGCUGUCAUGGGCCACUGCAGAGGUGCAGGGAGGAUGUCCGCUGAAAUGUUCUUGUCCUUCCGCUCCUCCCUCGUGUCCUCCAGGCAUCAGCUCGGUUUUGGACCACUGUGGUUGCUGUCGGGUCUGUGCCAGACAGUUUAACCAGGACUGCAGCCCUACUGAACCCUGCGACCACAUUAAAGGACUGCGCUGCCAUCUAGGGGCCGAGGGAGACCCUGGCAGAGGCUUGUGCAGAGCUGAGGCUCAGGGUCGCCCGUGUGAGCUGGAUGGACGGAUUUACCAGCACGGAGAGGACUUUCAGCCUUCCUGCGAGCAUCAAUGCACGUGUGUGGACGGAGUGGUCGGCUGUCUGCCACUGUGCCCACACCACAUAUCUCUGCCCGACUGGCGCUGUGCCCGCCGCCGUCUCAUCAGAAAGCCCGAGCGCUGCUGUCCUGAGUGGGUCUGUGAUGACGACAACCGCAUUGCUGAGAUAAAUCCAGUGCCCGAAGCUCAUCCAGCAGAACACACUCACCUCACGGGCAACGAGCUACUGGUAACCCCAUCUGCUUCCUGGGACAGUAGUGCAGGAGCCCCUUAUCAAGAGUGGAUCUCAUCCUCUAAGUCCCGCCCUAUUGCUCCAUCCACCUGCUUGCUGCAGAUCACUGAUUGGUCACCAUGCUCUGCCACCUGUGGAAUGGGCGUGUCAAGCCGUGUCACCAAUAGCAACCCAGAGUGUCGACUAGUAAGCGAAACUAGACUCUGUCAGAUUCGAGAGUGUGGCGUCAACACUGCACCAUCACUGAAGAAAGGAAAGAAGUGUGCAAGAAGCACACGGCCACAGAAACCUGUGCAGAUCAGGUUUGCCGGGUGUUCCACUGCUCGCCGUUACCGGCUGCGUUCAUGUGGGUCCUGCUCAGACGGUCGUCUGUGUGUCCCAUCCGCAACUCGGACGGUCCGUCUGCACUUCCACUGUCCGGAGGCGGAGCGGCACGACUUCACCCGUAGCCUCAUGUGGAUCCAGCGUUGCAGCUGCAGACACUCACACAGCAGACGAGGCCUGAACACACCAGCUGAACUCUUCAAUCUGCCCAAUGACAUACACACAUACACACACUGACACCGACAGAUCCACACUGCCCUCACUCUACCAAACAUUUUAACCCAGCAUACAUCAAUACAACAAAUGCAAUAUAGCAAUAUUCUGAAUAGAACAUUUGAAUGAUACCGUUUUAUCCUGUAUGCGGUAAUGACACAGGUGUAAGUAAGAGGUUUAUUAUGACUGUAAGUAAGGUUCAUUAUUAUACUUUAUUAUGAUAUUAUGACUGUAAAGCUCAUUUGGUUUCUACAAUUCACACACACACACACAAAUCAUUUAUUAAUAUUUUUCCCUUCUGUUGUAGUUGAAUCCAGAUUUACUGUAUAUAGUGUACAUAUGUACAAAUAUCACUGUAUAUAUUUAUGAUGUGAGUUUGUUUUUAUUUUGUAAUAUUUCAUGGACUUCUUCAGUUCUUGUGAAGUGUCAUAUUCAAACCUCAAUUUUUUGAGGUGAAUAACAAGCAGGAU